UCCAAUAUUUUCUAACUGUUAGAAAACACUUUUUGGAUAAGGUUAACGUAAAAUGGAUUGAUUUAAUUCCCCUUUGUUUCUGGAUGACCUUUCAGUGAUUGUGCACCUUAGUUAAAUUCAUUGUGACAGUAUAACAAUUUCAUAUUUGUCAUAGAACCAGCAUAUGACAGGAACAUAACCAUACACUGUUUUACUGUUGUACAAACAGAUUUGAAUUCCUUUCCAGAGUUGGCCGAGAAGAUGAAAGAAAUUCCAGUUAGGUCAUCUUUUGCUCUCAUGCUGGCGUUUGAAGAACCUUUGUCUUCGAUACCAUUAAAAGGCUUGUCAUUCAAAAAUUCUGAAGUUCUAAGCUGGGGAUUUUGCGACAGCAGCAAGCCGGGGCGUUCUAUCACUGGUGAACGUUGGGUGUUGCAUUCUACAGCAGAGUAUGCAGAGCGUAUUAUUUCUCAAACUGGACCUCAGAAGCCUUCAAGUGCAACAUUAACAAAAGUUGCUGAAGACCUAUUUCAAGAAUUUCAAUGCACUGGAAUUGGUAUUUCUCAGCCAUAUUUCAAGAAAGCACAUAGAUGGGGAAGUGCUUUUCCAGCUGCAAGCAUAGCGAGAGAACAGAAAUGCCUAUGGGAUGUCAAGAAGAGACUGGCCAUAUGUGGGGAUUUUUGUGUCAGCCCAAAUGUUGAAGGUGCAAUAAUUAGUGGCAUGGCUGCUGCCUCAAAGGUUACAGAAAUUCUUAGCAGCUUGUAGUAGCAACAUCUUCAGUAACAUCAGUUCGUUCAAAUAAUCUGUGGAAUUUGAGUACCUUGUCUGAAUAUAUAAAAGGAGGGCCUGUUGUAAGAAAAUAUUCCUUUCAAUUUAUCUUCUCCCUAGUGUGUCACUGAAGGAUUCAAAUCUACCUGUAACAAUAGAAUAAUUGGUAAUGAUUUUAUCGUUUUUUAGGGCAUGCUUUGAUUGUUGGACUUUUGGAUUGAAUUUGAUUGG